ACAACAGUACUAUACUCGCUCACCGUGGAACGGGAUUGGAUGAGAUGCAAGCCAAGUGGAGCACCGUUUGGUGGAGGUUCAUUAGGUGCGAUAUUAAAGUCCGGGGUUCCCCGCAUACAUAGCGAUCUCUAUGGAUAGAGUACGGCGUCGUUAUCAGUAUCCCUGUCGAUGGGUAUGCAGAGUUGUCUCACGUGUGUGGUGCGGAGUGGAGUAUUUAUAGCUGGGGUGGUGGUGAGAGUACCCCUCAUUUUCACUACCUCACCUAACUGCUGCUGACGGGUUGUUUUCUUCUUUUUCUAUUAUUUUGUUGUUGAACAAGAACAUUGAGUGUGAAUUGCGUUGUAUAUCCCGUUUUACAUAGCUUUUUCUGUUGUAUGUUGUACGUUGAAACAAACAUAUCAUCACGAUGACAAUCCCAGCGAUCCCAACACGCCAACGAGCCGCCAUCCGUCAUGGCACAGGUGAGUCCGCCACAACGACCAUCGAGAACAUCGACGUCCCGCAACCCGGGCCGGGCCAGAUCCUGGUAAAAAUCAACUGGACUGGAGUCUGCGGCUCAGACAAGUCCCUCCUGCACGACGACUGGAAGGAUUUCGGGGUGAACAUGCUCCCCCAGAGCCAGGGGAUCGCGGGACACGAAGGGGCCGGCGUUGUUGUCGCCGUCGGCGAGGGCAUGCAGAAGCGGUGGAAGGUCGGUGAUCGGGCGGGCAUUAAGUGGAUUGCGAGUACCUGUGGGGAAUGCGAGUUUUGCCUCAAUGGGGUGGAUGAGGUGCAUUGUGAGAAGCAGAUAAAUAGUGGGUUUUCAGCCCCAGGGACGUUCCAAGAGUAUUGUCUUGUGGAUGGGAGGUACACGUCGAAGAUCCCGGAGGGUGUUUCGGAUGAGGAAGCUGGUCCGAUUAUGUGUGGAGGUGUCACCGCUUAUACGGCUUGUAAGAGGUCUGCCGUCAAAUCUGGUCAAUGGCUUGUGCUUCCCGGCGCUGGAGGCGGACUGGGUCAUCUGGCUAUCCAGUAUGCGCGCGCCAUGGGCAUGCGAGUCCUCGCUAUUGAUGGCGGAGACGAGAAGCGGGACCUUUGUGAGAAGCUCGGGGCCGAAGCAUACAUUGAUUUCCAGAAUUUCAAAGCCCCUGCGGACCUGAAGGAUGAGGUUAUGAGGAUCACGAAGCACGGCGCACACGGCGUGGUCGUGACGGCGGCUAGCAAGACCGUCUACGAAUGGGCGCCCAUGUACCUCCGGCCCGGAGGCACAAUGGUGGUGGUCGGUCUCCCUAAUGAUCCUUCCAUUCUCGCAGGCGCGCCACCGCUCGUCAUGGCGUUGAGACGAUUAAAUAUUGUCGGUAACAUCACUGGGAGUUUGAAAGACGUAGAGGAGGCGCUUGAUUUUACGGCGCGGGGCAUUGUACAUCCAAUUCUGUCAAGGGGGAAAUUGGAAGACUUGGAUUCGUGGAUCGAGAAGCUGAAGGCUGGUCAGGUGGCCGGUCGUGCGGUGUUACAGGUGGCAGCAUAGGGGAAUGAAUGAGAGCGUUUCGUGUUGCAUCUAGCAUAUCGCAAUAGCAUUUGUUUUCACUUCAAGACCAUGGCGAGAAUUCUGCUAGAGGUUGUAGCGACUGAAGAGGUCGGUGGUAACAAUCCCAAGCUGGUUGCUUGGGCAGAAGCUUAUACUAUCUUGCGAGGACCAGUAUCAGCGUUAGGUAUGCAUCUUUCAAACGCCGAAAUGCC